GAGGGCCGCUGUCACUCAGCCCCGCGGGCCAAUAGAAAAGGGGUGAACCCCGCCUUCUUCCUUGAGUUGUGCUGCGGGCAUGCGCACUGGGCGUCCCCACGCCACCGCCCAUCAGCUGAGAAUUGCAGCUGAAGGCACCGGGGUCGGUGGGUGACGGCGGUCGGAGGUGUAGGAAGGAGCCGCGGAGGUCCAGGUGACUGCUUAGAAAACUGCACAGCAUCUGAUGAAAUUAGUGAAUAAGCACAUCAGCCAUGUCUUACACUCCAGGAGUUGGUGGUGACCCUGCCCAGUUGGCCCAGAGGAUCUCUGCUAACAUCCAGAAGAUCACACAGUGUUCUGUGGAAAUACAAAGAACUCUGAAUCAACUUGGAACACCUCAAGAUUCACCUGAAUUGAGGCAACAGCUGCAACAGAAGCAGCAGUAUACUAACCAGCUUGCCAAAGAAACAGAUAAGUACAUUAAAGAGUUUGGAUCUCUGCCCACCACCCCCAGUGAACAGCGUCAAAGGAAAAUACAGAAGGAUCGCUUAGUGGCAGAGUUCACAACAUCACUGACAAACUUCCAAAAGGUCCAGAGGCAGGCUGCUGAGAGAGAGAAAGAGUUUGUUGCUCGAGUAAGAGCCAGUUCCAGAGUGUCUGGCAGUUUUCCUGAGGACAGCUCAAAAGAAAGGAAUCUUGUAUCCUGGGAAAGCCAAACUCAACCUCAAGUGCAGGCGCAGGAUGAAGAAAUUACAGAGGAUGACCUCCGCCUUAUUCAUGAGAGAGAAUCUUCUAUCAGGCAACUUGAAGCUGAUAUUAUGGAUAUUAAUGAAAUAUUUAAAGAUUUGGGAAUGAUGAUUCAUGAACAAGGAGAUGUAAUAGAUAGCAUAGAAGCCAAUGUGGAAAAUGCAGAGGUGCACGUUCAGCAAGCAAAUCAGCAGCUGUCAAGGGCAGCAGAUUAUCAGCGCAAAUCCAGAAAAACCCUAUGCAUCAUCAUUCUUAUCCUUGUCAUUGGAGUCGUGAUUAUUGGUCUCAUCAUAUGGGGAUUGAACCGCUAAAGUUAUAAAGGAGCACACUGUUGCACUACAUUGUCUAAAUUAUGUAGGAAGAUUCCUGUAAUCAUGUUUUUUUAAUUAUUAUUUUAAAGCUAUCGUAUAAAGGAUGGUUCCCAUACUUCGUUAUUUUUAUUGGGGGGGUUGGGGUGGUUCCUUUGGAUUAAAUCUGAUAUUUUCUAAUACUGAAAGAUUUUCUAAAUAUCACUGCUGACAUAGCUCCCAUGGUCUUCAAUUUAAUAGUUGUUAAGUUUUUGCCCACAUUGCAUAUGCCUUUCAUUUAUAAUUUAUUUACCCUGCUUGACUUAGUUUUGAGAAUUCAUAAAUUUAAAGGUGUGUGUAUUCUGUCUGCAUCUCCCUGUCACUGUGACACACCUAGAUUUGUGUUACUUCAAUUAAAAUUCUCAAAUUUAAUUUUGAUUUGCUUCAACAGGGAAAAUAUUCUCAAUAAUGUAAAAUAAUUAAGGUCUAUUCAUGGGUUGUAUUUUUCUGGUUCACAACAGCACAAAGUGUCUUUCCUUUUUUUUGUUGGUUUUCUUUUAAGAUCUUUUUUACUCUGAAGUCGGUGAAUACUUUUCUAGUUUAUUUGAUACUCCUUCUGUGUAUAUAUUAAGCUUUUGCUGUAGAUUGCCUAGUAAAAUUACUAAGGAUAGGUUGUUUUUACAUAUGGUCUAUUUAAGUCUGAUGUUUACUGGGGGAAGUGUAGUUACUAUAAAUGUUUAACAUAAUUUGGAAGAAGAGUAUGAACAACCAAUACCAAUACCUGUUGUGUUUGGAUUCUAAAGAUCCCAGUUUGUUAUUCCACUAAACUAGUUAUCUUAACCAUAUCAUCUGGCUUUGUGGGCCAUUAUUUACCUUCCCUUAUGUCUUAUAGAAUAAUGGCUACUAUUUUUAGGUCAAAAUUACUUUUGGAAAGUAACUUUCCCACAAUUAACUGUUUUUGAGCACCUGACACUUAAAAUUUAGUGUUUACCUUGCGUGCCAUUUUGUGUCAUCCUUCAUUAGAAAAGCAAUUGGAGGUUUGCCAGUUAUCUCACUUCCCUUUUUUAAAUCAAUGUUGUUUUAAUGCACUAAUCUGAAUUCUGUAAAGAGGAUUAUCUUAGUUUAUAGUUUGUAUUUUAUAAUGUUCUUGUAUAGCAGUUUGGUACUGAAGGCAAUGUUUAACUUGGCAAGCUCUGAGACUUCAAAUGGGAACAAAUAGUAAGUAGCUAAGUAAACCACAUCUUUGCAACCAAAAUAAAGAUGAGUUAAAAGGUACCUGGUUAGGCCUAUUUCAUGAGGACCGUGCUCCGGUGGGACCACAGGUCACCUGAUACUUAGUGCUGUGCUGCCUGAAACCUCGCAUGGAGACAUCACCACAUGCACUGUGGCCAUUCAGCAUCUUUCUGGAGCACCACUUCACUCCAGGUUUUUAUUUUAGGGUGUCACUGAUUUUACCUACUUUGUCAGACUGGUAGAAGUUGCUUUGCAUGUCAGAAACACUCCAUUUUUUUCCACAAAAGGGAUUACAGAAAACUCUUUUGUGAGUGAGUGAUUGGAACUUAGAGACUCCUGUUGUCAGAAUCAGACUGCCCUAGAACAGAAUGGACAAUGCAGGGAGGAUAAUUCACACAAACAGCACCUGUUCUGAGGCCCAUGCCAGCCCAGCAGGCCUGCUCAAAUGUGGUCUUUACUUCAGGUGCACAGAGGCACCUGAGGUUUCUGGUGAUAAACCAGCAUCUUACUGCUGUUUCAAAGUCACAUCCCCAUGGCUUUCACAAUCAGUUCAGUUUUGUUGCUGUACUUGAUAAAAUGUUUAUUCUCAUACAGGUCAAGUACAUUUACUUCUGUUCACUUCACAGUGAGUACCCAAUAACAACAAAAGCGCUUAAAAAUUUGGGGGCAUGACCUUAGUACCUUUAUUUGAAGUGUAAUCAUUUUAAAUUAUUAUUAUUUUUAACUGGGGCAGUUAUCAGUGGCUUAAACAGGAACUUUAGUGGUUUCAAUUCGUUUAAGAAACAUACUAAUUUUGAGGGAAAAAUUUCCCACAAAAUAUUCGGAAUGUAAGAAUAGUAUUGAUUAGAAAAAAUUAAAUAAGAAACAUAGUAUGGUAGCCAAAUUUUUUAAAAAAUCUUGAAUUUUUCUGUAGGUCAGUUUUAGAAUUGCUGUGAAAAGUGAAGGUUGCCCUGUGGAGAAUAAAAUUAGAGUUGUUUUCAUAACUGACAGCAUGGUGAAUCCGUUUGAGUCAAAGUGAAGAAUUUCCUCAUCAAGUGACUAUACAUUUGUUUUUGUGUGCUCAAAAGAAAUACUCAAACACAGAUUGAAAUUAACCAGCCAGGUAAAUUGAACGCCAAUGUGGCAUUAAGUAUUUGGCUGUUGUAUUGGUCGUUAAAUACUAUGGUCUUGCAAUAUGAUUGAUGAUAAAAGAGUGAUGUCACAUUGAUACUAGAGUAGCUUGUUUUUUUAGUAGGCGUGGGACCAUCUCUUUUACAAGUGCAACUCAGUCUAGGACAACCGUGGAUGCAGUGUCUGGAGUUGGACCCUCUGAGCCCCGCGGGCUGCCCCAGUAGCAUCUGCAUUGGUGACCAAGGACACUGCACUUUGAAGAGGUCGCCACUGGGUUGUUUAGUGUCUUCACUGCUUUUGUUAAAAAUUGUAAAAUUUUGUACACAAAAAGUUGUGUUUUUGAAUAUCAAUUGUUUAGACACACCUACAAUGAUAAAUAAGUGCCUUUAAAGGCCCCUCUUACCAUGAAAUACAUCUGUAGUUUGGCAAGGAAAGUACAAAAUAGUUUAUGUAGUUGGUAUAGUUUUUAUUUGUGUCUUCAUGUAGAAAAAAUGAAUGUCAUAAUAAAAUAUAAAACUUAUGUAAAGAAAAUAAAGUCAUUGUCCACCUUAAUAGCUAAGGUCCACAAGGGUAA